AUGGCCUACCAAGGCGCCGCAGUCGGUACUUUCCACUGCAAAGGCCUGCCGUGCUUGCUCUGGUGCUUUGCCAACAGGACCCGCCGCGGCCACACUGCGUUCAAGAAGGCCUCGCCGAAGCUUGACCUCAAAGCUGCCACAGCAGCUCCCCCUUUGCUGCACGCAGAUGAAUUCAAGAGUUGGUGUGUCGAGGCAUUGCAGACCAACAAGAGUUCAGCGGCCUUCCAAAUCAACGAGGAUGGAGUCUGGAACACCUACUUCCUGCCUUACGCACGCAUCUGUGACCAGCGGACGUUGGAGUACGGCAUCGGCGAUAAGUUUUUCCUGAUGAAGCACGACACUACGUAUACUUGCAGCGCAGAAAACUUCAAGAUGCUACAGCUGCCUGGAAAGACCUUCUCGGCGACCAUCUACCUGAACGGGGCCGGUUGCGGCUGCAAUGUCGGCUUUUACUUGGUGGCCAUGCCGGCAUGGCCACCAGGUGACUUUUCGGACUGCUACUGCGAUGCCAACUGUGAGGGUGAAAACUGCUGCAACGAGUUUGACCUGAACAACAUGAACACUCACGCGCUACAGGUCACGAACCAUCUCUGUGGCGACCCACCGACGCGCUGGAAUUGCAGCGCCAAUGGAAGCCCCGUCAUGAGAUUCACGACGGCAUUGUUCGGUCCGGGCAAUGCGAACACCAUCGACACCGAGCACCCCUUCAACUAUUCCGUCCAAUUUCGAGAGACCGACUCGGAGAGCGUCCUUGUGACGGUCCAGCAGGGGGAGAAGGUGAUCAGCAACACCAUGGCCAACAGCGCUCUGAGCAGCAUGUGGCCGCAGCUCUCCAGGGGAAUGGUCUUGGUCUUCGACUACUGGGAAAGCAUCGACCUGACCUGGCUGGAUGCUCCCUCCUGCCAGGUACCAUCGUACUGCUCCGGCAACAAGGUGCAGGUCUCCAACGUACACAUCACCACGAAUGGGUUGAACACAACGCUACCAACGGCACACUCUGUACAGUCCUGGCAUACUGCCACUUCCCCAUGCACGGCCACGGCCGCUGCCCCAUGCACAUAG